AUGUUGGUGUCCUUCAGGAAUGUCGCCAGCGACCGGUGGCUUUGGUCAGAUGGUUCACUUGUCGGGGCUUCACCUCCCGGAGUGAAGCCCAAGUCAAGGGAGCUACGAUGGCGCGUUGCAGAAGAUGGACACAUCAAAACGCCGGAUGGCAGGAAACUCUGUGACAUGAUAGUUGGCAAAGGCAGCAAGAACAAGGUCGAAACAUGGAAUGAUCCUCAUUGGGGGGGUGCGAAAUGGGAGCUGAACAAGGUCGGGGGCGGGGUCAACAUCUCGAACUCUGCAUCCGGAAGGAGGAUCUUUGCCCAGAAAACUGAUGGCAAAGGCGGCCAGCAUGGCUUCGGAAUCAUAAAAGAGUGGGAGGGUGCCAAGGACCAGGUGUGGGAGGUGGUCCAUUUGGAUGCCGAGGCCACGGAGGCUGCGGAGGAGGAGGGGGAAAUUCCCUGGGACGAGAUCGCUGAAAAGGCCAAAGCUGCAGGAGUCUCGAUGAAGGAGGCUGCUCUGGAGAUGGGUGUAGCUGCGAAGGAGCAGAUCGAGGCAAUCCCCUGGGAGGAGAUCCAAGCUAAAGCCAAAGAGAUGGGGGUCUCCAUGAAGGAGGCGGCCAAGUCCAUCCCCUGGGAGGAGAUGACCAAGAAAGCUAGAGCCCUGGCGGCGGCCGUGAAGGAGAAGAUGGACGAGGUUCCCUGGGAUGAGAUUGCAGAGAAGGCGAAAGCCACCGGCAUGUCGAUGAAGGACGCUGCGGUUGAGAUGGGCCUUUCCAUCCAAGAGGCGGCGGAGGAUAUUCCCUGGGAUGAGAUUGCCAAGCAGGCCAAAGAGUACGGUGUCUCCAUGAAGGAGGCUGCUGGAAACAUCAAAUGGACUGACAUGGGCAACAAGUUGGAGAAGCUCGGGGACAAGCUGGGCGCAAUGGCCGCGAAGGCACAGGCAAAGGCGAGCUCCUGGUUCUGCUGCUGCGAGACGGUGGACCGACAGCCGCCGACGCGGAUUUGA